GCCCAAUUGUGAAGCUGUGAGCAAUCUGGUCGUUUGUGUGACAAAAAGACCAAUCGACGACGUCUGUCAUGACGGACGAAAACGAAGACUGGGCGCAUCUCGAAGCGAUUUGGGCCGAUUGACGCAUCGGCCAGACACUGCAAUGUUCCUCUUGUCGACUCGGUAUCAUCUUCCCACUUCCCACUUCCCACUUCCCACUUCCCACUUCCCACUUCCCACUUCCUACCUUCCCUGCGUCCUCCGACAUACAGCCCUGCUGCAGCCGGCCUGUCUGCCGGACGCCAACUUCAGUCUGCCACCGGGCACCGACUGCGUCGCCCUCGGCUGGGGCGAGCGCGACAGUCUCGGCGCUCCGCGACCGCGACCGCGUCCACGAACGUCGGCCAUCUUUUCGGGAAUGCCCUUUUUCGGCUUGUCCAAGUUCGACUCCCUCUUCGCCGAACUGUUCGCCGAUCCGUUUUCUGUCAGCCUCAAGUCGGGCAUCGUGACCGGCCGCGGAGGUGGCGCUAUCCACUCGGGCGCCAUCGUGUCCGGCAUCGACCAAAACGACCAAGCCCACGACGACGAUGACGACGACGUGGAGCAUGUGGAUCAUGUGGAGGAGGAGAUGUCCAAACCAGUCGACUUGACCGAUCUACCGCAAGCCAUGGUAAUGGGCCAUAGUGGCGGUUCCUACGAUUCUCGUCGUCAUGGCAACGGGCAUCAAAAUGAGGCAUCGCAGCAGCAUGUGGAGCAUGUGGAUGAGGAGAUGUUCAAACCAGUCGACUUGACCGAUCUACCGCAAGCCAUGGUAAUGGGCCAUAGUGGCGGUUACUACAAUUCUCGUGGUCAUGGCAACGGGCAUCAAAAUGAGGCAUCGCAGCAGCAUGUGAAGCAUGUGGAUAAGGAGAUGUCCAAGCCAGUCGACUUUACCCAUCUACCGCAAGCCAUGGUAAUGGGCCAUAGUGGCGGUUACUACGCUUCUCGUGGUCAUGGCAACGGGCAUCAAAAUGAGGCAUCGCAGCAGCAUGUGAAGCAUGUGGAUAAGGAGAUGUUCAAACCAGUCGACUUGACCGCUCUACCGCAAGCCAUGGUAAUGGGCCAUAGGGGCGGUUACUACGAUUCUCGUGGUCAUGGCAACGGGCAUCAAAAUGAGGCAUCGCAGCAGCAUGUGAAGCAUGUGGAUAAG